GCCUUCGGCAGCCUCCGGACAGGGUGGCAUCAAUUGGUGUCCUCCGCGCCCCUGGCCCGCCGGCGCUCGCCUCCAAGACCGCCCUUCUGGAGGCGGCAGGGCGCCCUAAAAGGCAGGGCUGCCUCUGGCGAGGAGCAGCGGCGAUUCCCACCGGCUAGCAAGGCGAGAGUAUGAUAGGUCGGAAUGAAUCCUGCGGCGCAGAGCAGAUACCAAUGUCUUACUUCACUUGCCUGCUGUACGUUUUGGAAGAGUGGACUGGUGUGCAGCGCUUGGAAGAUUAUCUGAAUUAUGCGGUAUACCUUUCAUGGCUGUUUGCACCUCUCCUUGUGUCUUUUAUCCUUCCUGGACUUAUCCUCCUUCUCCUUUACGUUAGUAUUAUCAUCCUUCAUAUUUAUAAGAGACGGACUGAUCUAAAAGAGGCUUAUUACAAUGACUUCUGGGAUGGUGCAAGGCAAAUGCUGGCAACUUUAUGGUAUGGGCACGCCAGGAUAUGGAAUGGCUAUGAGCUUCAUGGCCUCGAAAAAAUACCAGACGGACCUGCGCUUGUUGUCUUUUACCACGGAGCAACUCCUAUUGACUUCUUCUAUUUCAUGGCCACUGUCCUGAUUAAAAAGAAGAGGAUCUGUCACAUUGUGGCAGAUCACUUUGUAUUUUCAAUUCCAGGGUUUAAACUCUUACUCGACGUGUUCGGUGUUAAGCAUGGAUCACAAGAGGUGUGCGUAAAAGCACUAAGGAACGGUGACUUGCUGGCCAUUGCUCCGGGAGGGGUCCGGGAAGCCCUCUUCAGUAACGAAAACUACUCCAUUAUAUGGGGAAAGCGGAAAGGAUUUGCUCAGGUGGCAAUUGAUGCCAAAGUGCCCAUCAUUCCGAUGUUCACACAAAAUGUUCGAGAAGGAAUUAGAUCACUUGGAGGAAUAAAAUUCUUUAGGUUGAUGUAUGAAUAUCUCCGUUUGCCUCUUGUCCCACUCUAUGGAAACUUUCCUGUCAAACUGUGCACAUUUAUUGGGGAUCCUAUUCCAUAUCAGCCCAAAAUAACUGCUGAAGAACUGGCAGAAAAGGCGAAGAGUAGAGUCCAGUCUUUAAUAAACAAACAUCAGAAACUGCCCGGAAAUGUUUUCAGAGCUCUGACGGAACGAUUUACAAUACGGAAAAAAGAAGACUAGUGCAAUCUGGGAGUGAUCAAUAGUUGUAAAGUAUUUUAGAAUUACGUUUUUAACACGAAUCUCAGAUACGAUAUUUGAGAAUGUUCUUAAUGUAUUCUGUUUGUUUUUGACAGUUGUACAGUUUUACAGAGAAGUUUCCCUUCCCCCCCCCCCGCCCCGAUGAUCACGGUUAAAUCCAGAUCUCAACUUUUACAGACUGGUUUUCUUAAAGUGCAGUUUUUUCUUGCAGUAAGUUAUAUAACACCAUUUUUGGCUUCCUGAACAUGUGUUAUUUCCACCCUAAAUUUACUCACGAGGUAGAUGAGUUUUGGGAUUAAACUUAAUGAAAGCCAUUGUGGCACAGCUGAUAAUGUGUUGCAGUAGGACAGGGGAGACCCAGGUUCAAAUCCUUGCUUACCUUGUAACCUUGGGGCAGGUAUUCUCCUCUUAGCCUAAUCUACAUCACAGGGUUGUUGUGAGGAUAAAAUGUAGAUGGUGAGAACCAAGUAUGCCACCUUGACCUCCUUGGAGGGAUAUAGAAAUGGGAUAGAAAUAUACCAAAUAAAUACAUAACAAUUUUAUUAAAAUAGCAACUUUCCCGUUUCUAGUAUUAUCUGCUAUAAUUGAGACGUGGCCCAGUUAUUUGUUAUGUGUGAAAUUAAGGCAAUGCUAUUAAACUAAGCUUGCUUCAAAAAGGCCUUGUUUUUACUAUGUCUGAAUGAUUGGAAGCAGGUCUACCAAGCAUCUACCUUGUAUCAUCUGCACUGAAAAUAAUGUGAAAAUCUAUUCUACUACAGUUGUUUUCUGAGUGCUUCGAGAACAUGUGAUUGGAAUCCAGUGAAUUCCCGUCACAUUCUGCAUCAUUUAUAGCCGCUGGCUCUCUCAGUGCAUGCAUCCCACUUCCUCAGCUGAGCCCCGGCACUUUUUACCUCCUACCCGUACUGAACAGCUAAUUCUUCCAUGAAGACAGGAAAGCAUUCCUUGGACUUGGGGAUAUUCCCUCCCCUCUAGUCUAAAGACAGAACCAGUUGAUGGAUCCUCAAUCUCCUGGAUCACCACUGCUUCACCGUUCGAAAACCGGGCUGUAACCUAGCUCCAAAAGAGCUUGCUGAAUAAUUGAGAUGCUCACUCUGUAGGGAGAGUUCCCACGUCUGCCUGAGGGGCUUCCAGGGUUCUUUGUUACCUGUAUGGAGAUUCUCUGUGUUCUGUUUUCUGUAAGUAUGCAGUCAUGACUGUUCUGAAGCAUUUUUGUGCAACCAGUAUUUAUAAAGCAGCCUUGAAUGCCAGUUGACAGAUCAAUCAAUACUUCCGGGAUUUGUACUCAAGGCUCUUGUACAAUUCAUCUUUGUUUCAUAGUUGUCAUUUUUGAAGAUUUUCUUUCGAAUCUGGAGUCUUGUCUGCCAAGGGAGAAAUAGGUUUUGCUGUUAACAACAUUAAAAGAGCAACAUUAAAACAGCAACAUACAAAUGCUGUGUGGAAGAAAAUAUGUAACAAUAAGGCUGUGUAAAGUGACAAUAAGCCUAUUUAACACCCCUUUAAGAUACAAAUUGAGGCAUCGUCCUUUUCAUCUCCUAGUCCCGGGGUCCCCAACAUGGUGCCCGCUGACACCUUUGCUGGAUCUUGCCAAGUGUUUUUAGAAAGUGGGUGGGGCUUUUGCUCAGCAAGGUUUCUGAUUGGCCAUUGGAGAUUGGAUUGGCUGUGCAGAUUUUUAAAAACGUUGCUUUGGCCAGGAUCUUCGCUGUGCGACCGAAAGUAAGCUGCAGCAGCCAUUUUGUAGCUGUUCCUGCCUCCUUGCGUCAGAAUUCCAAAGGUGUCCGCAGGAUCAAAACAGUUGGGGACCCCUAGUCAAAUGAUAAGUUGUCAUAUUAAUGCAGGGCUGAGGGGGUUUUUUGCUACUCAUUCUGAUCCAGGGCAUCUUGUACAGGAACUUUUCCCUUGGGCCAUUCACACACUGUCAGCCUUACCUACCUCACAGGGUUGUUGUGAGGAUAAAAUGGAGGAGAGGAGAACGACAAGCCGCUUUGGUCGUUCCUUUGGGAUGAAGGCAGGGUAUAAAUUAGUAAAUAAAUAAUGUAGCUGGAGAUGAGUCAACUUGGAGCACUUCCUUCUGUGUGAGCAGAACUCAGUGUCAAAGUAUAUGAAAACUAGGUACACAUGGAGCACAUUGUAUUCCUUGGGCAAGCAAUGCUUCUCCUUUCAAUAAAGGGAUGUGCAGUGAUUUCCAUGGACUUAAGAAGGGUGUAACUCCUCUUAGGAUCUGACUCCAGGUUGGUUCUUUCCUCCAUACUAAUUGAGGACAUUAGAUUAGGCAGAGAACUGGCAUGUGCUCAUCACCCACACAAAACACAUGGCCUUUCAUGUUCACUUUACUUACCAAUUGUUUUGGUACAUUCUGUUCUACAGCUGUGGGAUAAGUGGGUCGUUGACCAUGGUAUUGGAAAACAUAGCAGGGCGAAAUGUUCACAGAUGUUAUCUUUCAGAAAUCUAAUGCAACCUCUGAUCAAUAAGAGGUAUGGAGAGAACUAUCUUCAGAAGUUUGAAGGAGGCGCUGGAAGGCCAUUUUGUUUGUGAGGGCUUUUAAUGGAAUUUUUAAUUUUCUUGGGGAGGGGAGCGGUAAAUCAGGUUUUACUGCAUUUUUUCUGUUUUUAAUGUUGUAAAUGGUAAGCUAUCUUAAGCCAACAAGGUGGUGUAUAAAUUACUUGAAUAAGUAAAUGCAUGGUAGUUUGCUUUUGCAUUGUUAGAUGGGACCAAACUUACUCUUGCCACCACCUAUUCCUUCAACUUUGAGAUGAAAGUAUUGAAUCCAGAGUAUCAAAAUAGCUUGCAGUAUCCUUGAGCUCAAUCCAGUGACUCCCUUCUCCUAGGGUGGAUCUGUGGACUCUUCCAUUAGUUCUUCCAUUGCUGUUUUUUUUUCUCCAUCAGAGGGAGAUUUGGUUGAAGGAAAUAACUACCUUUAACUCAUUCUUUUUGUUUCGAUUAUUCAAUAUAUUUCUCAACUACAUAAAAUUUCCCAUGUCCACUCUCUGUAUGUUUGUAUGGUAUUCUGUUUGGAUUUUUAAAAUGUACAGAAUAAACUUAGUUUGC